CUUCGCAUGCAGUUUUGUUUUCAAUUCAGUUUUGCAUCGUUGGCUUUCUCCUUCAUUGCAGAGUUGGGAAAGAAGGAGGAUUGCAGUGACAAGUUUGUCUAUCAGUGUAUUUCUAGCCUCUCUCUCUCUCUCUAACAAAUAAACCCGAGAUUUAUUUGCGUUUCAGGCGGGUUGCCUUGAUGAUUUCUUCGCCCCAUAGUAAUUGUUUGUGUCGUUGACGGCUCAAAGAAUACAUUUUGCGUUAAAAAGGCCAUGAGUAACACCAAAGAUUUCCCGGGCCUUGGCCGAGGAGAGCACCUUCAUGGUCCCUGGUGGAAAUUCAAAUCGGAGGCUGGUAAAUUUCAGGGCAAAGUCUACUAUUGGAAUUCAGUCACCAAGCAGAGGCAGUGGACAAGGCCCAGUGCACUGGCUUGCCGCACAUCUGCACCAUGCCAUACACAGGUACAAGCAGUUGCAAAGAGUCCUAAGACAACGAGGAGCAAACGGCCGCCACCGUCUACCGUAGCAGUGCCGACAGCUGCAUUGACGUCCACGCACGAAGAACGCCUAGCAUCUGUCCCUGCCAGUCCUAGCAGAGCUUCGCCAGUGCGAAAUGCUGCAGGUGCCGCUUCGCCAGUGCGAAGUGCUGGAGGCGCCACUGGCCGAUGGCCUGUAUCUGCUUCUUCUCCUCCGAGUGUGCCUACAUGUCAGUCACCAGUAUCCCAGCGCAGUCCAUCAUCGCCUGGUGUGUCCACUGUGACUGAUGCCGCUAGAGCACGUCACAUCUCCACUGUAGCGAAUGCCUUGGCAGCAAUAUCCAGUCAGGCUUCACCAAGGGCGGGUACAAGCAAGAGGACACAUGCUGCCCCUCAGCGUUUGGCUAAGGUCAAGGCCGAGAAGCACAGGGCACGGCAGCGGAUGACUGUUCCCACAGCCAAUGUUCAACUGCUGGCCAGUUCAGCUGGUGCCAAACCCAAGGCAAACUCUGGAAAGCACAUGCAUGCUACGCUAGUCCAAGAUGCAGUCAGCUCGGCAAGUGCAAGUAAUCGUGGCAGUGAUGGCGUUGUCGAUGACUCCACACGUUUUCUAACUAGCGUUAGUGAAGGACAUGCAGCCCACCAUGAUACUGCGAAGGUAUCCCCUGGUAGUAGAAGUAGUAGAAAUACUGCAAUCCCUUCGCCAGUGCUGCUAAGUCCAGCUAGCAGCCAGCACACCACUCAACUGCCCACCAGUUCGCCGCUCACCCUGCCGACUACUGCUCCACCUCACCGCACGCCAGAUCCUCCGUGCAACGAAGCUCGUGACGAGGCCAGUGAAAGCAUGUUCAAGAAUUCUCCUGCGCCCGGGUCAGUUUUGAGUUGUGACCUUACAGCCAAAGGCAGCGAAAGAACAGCAGCAACAGACUCAUCUCCAUCAAGGAAGUCCCGUAGAGAACGGCGGGGUGUUGGUGUUGGUGUUGGUGUUGGUGUGCAUAGCUCUCUGAAACCUUACAGUAGACCGCCGUCAUCAGCAGUUUCCACGUCCUCAACACUGUCGGUUUCUCCUGGUAGUAGCGCUGGUACGAGCUCUACUACUAAUGAUAAGCACACAGCAACAGCAGCAGCAGCAGUCCGUCCAUCUGCUGCUGUAGCACAUGAAAUGAGACAACCAGCCACGCAGACAGAAUCUAGCAGGCUGGGCACUUCCGUGCUAUCCCGGAAGACCAACCCGUCCACGCAGAGCCAUGCGGGCAAAAUCAAAAGUGUGCUGAAAGCCAAGACUGACAGACCUUGCUCACCGCGGACUGGAAACGUGCUGGCCAGCGCUGCAGAGCCACCUACACCCGACAAGCUGUCCCGUCCUGGCAUGCCUCCGGUGGGUGAGUUGACCAGGCGAUCUAUACGUCCAGUGACUGCUUCUCCUGCCACUGCGGCUGAUCCUGCUCGCACUGUCGCUGGUAGCAGGGGCGGAGUUAGUGGCGAUGACGCGUCCUUCUUGGCUAACUACACCAUACCAAGUCGUCCACCAGGGCACGCCAUGAGCACCGACACGCUGCAGCCAGUGAACAGCCCUUCUACUGCACCUGCUAUGCGCAACACAGCACGGCCAGUUCCAAUGGACAUUCAAUCAGCUACUAGCUAUAGUCAACCAUAUGUUUCUGCUGUCCGAGACCCAGUAUCUGUGAGCUCGGUAGUGUCCGCAAGCAGUACCACAUCGCAAGAGACUGUCCCUGUGAUGGAAAUGGACCUAGCCAGACAGCAGCAGCUGCAGCAGCAAGCACCAGUAGCCAUGAUGGACACCUGCAGCAAUGAAGAGAACAUGGAGGUUGGCGAAGUGCCAGUCAAUAAUACUGCACCAGGGCAGGGUGUUGUUCUGGUUGUGGACACUAAUGUGCUUAUUCACUCCCUUCAAAUGGCCAAGACACUCCUGGAGGGCCGUCAGCUGCCGGAGCACAGGUUCAAAUUUGUGAUUCCGAACACAGUUAUAGCUGAGCUGGACAGUCUGAAAAAGAAGCAAUCCACUGCGGUUGCUGCCCAGAACGCCAUCAAAUUCGUGCAAGCAGAAAGCAAGGCACAUCGGAUACACAUGCAGAAGAUUGAAGAAGUGGAUUCGACUGUGGACUCGCGGUUUCUUCGAAACAAUGAUGACCACAUUGUGCUGUGUGCACAUUAUUUCCAUAAAAAUCGAGACCCUAGAGUUAAUGUCCUCCUCUGGACAAACGACAUCAAUAUGUUUAACAAAGCGGAAUCAUUUAGCGUCCCUCAUGUGUCGGAUGCAGAGAUAAAGGCAUUCAUAAGUGAACAUGACGGCAAGAAAGUAACACCAAGCAUAGCAGCGGUGCCAGUUCCAAUCAAGAAGCAGCAGGAUCCAGCACCGAGGAAAACGGACACCCGAGAAGAUUGCCAAGCAUCCAUUAUCCUGACCAGUAGCUGCACUCAUGCUCUCGUUGAAAACAUCUUGUCUAUGAUCGUGGUGGAAGACAUGAAGGAUGGUUGGGGUGAGACGGUGUGGCAAGAUGUUGUGAAGAUCAAGCCCAGGAUGGCAGCAGGCUUUGCCCAGUGGGACGCUUUGGCAUUAUUGGACAUGAUGGAGAAGUACUGGCACUUAUUUGACAAGUGGAGCAGACACCAAAUUGAUGCUGCAAAGAGUCUCCGGGGACUAUUGCACAAUAUACAAUACGGGCCAGCCACGGCGGACCAGUGCAAGCAGUACUUGAACACCGUCAGCUCAAUCAUGAAGCCGUUCAAGCCUAUGGACAUACGGUAUACAAUUUCCCGGCUGGGAGUGGAACACUUUGAAGCUCUUCCCAAAUUUGGCUGGAACAUUGAAACGUACCUGGUUCAAUUGUUCCUUGAAAUCCUCAAAUGCAUUGAAGCAUAUCGAGUCGAGCAGGUACAGCAGCUCGAGAGUGGUGUGGCUAUUGCCCGCCAGCACCUCGCUCAUCUCUUCGCUGAGGUCAACAAACUGCUGGGAGCUUUGAGGGCAUUACCCAUGACGAAUAUCCCCGCCCUGGUCACGAUGUCAGGGCAGCAGUUCCUACCCCUAGCCCAAGCCAUACUGGUGUUCACAAGUAACCUCGAUGUGACACCGGGUCGGAUGGAGUCCCUACCGAGCGCACUGUGUGCUUUCGUGCAUCGCGACCAGUGCCGCACACAUAUGAAAGGAUUCCAGUCGGAUCUGGAAAAAGCCCAUAGCUUGCUGGAGCCCUUGGUGGAUCUGUCAGUAUUCUGAAAUGAGUGGAUGCUGCGCUGCUUUCCUAUCAACAACGGUCUACAGUCUAGUAACGGGGGGCGGUUCGGGUCAGGAACCGGUUUUGGAACCGCCAGCUCAAGAGAAUCAGGUACCCGUUCCGUCAAAUUUCGAACCGAAACUCGAGCAAUUUCGUUCUCGUGCAAAUAAGUGUACACGUUGGGUCUACUCAAGAUUUGAAUGGUUUACCUUGCGAUCACUACCGCUUCACCCCUAUUUUUUAACUGACUUUCAAGUAGGAUGUAUACUGCAACAGACUCCUAGGAUUUUACCACUUUAUUCCUCCUCUUUUCUCAACAUUCAAUCAUAUUCACAUCAAACAUUAACUUGCUGUCGGCUCAUCCAUUCCACUUGUGUUUCUUUGUGAUUGUACCGGCGAUGUGCGGACAUAACUAUUCGAGACCUCAAACUAGUUAUACUUUGAUGCACAUUCUUCUUCUCGUUUUUUUAUUGUCUAUAUGGAUGAUGGGGCUUAUAUGGAUGAGGAGGCACUAUAAACUAUAAACUGGACAAGUCUGACAUAAUACUGUACAACAGGAGGAUUGGUCCCCCUCCAACUACCGUAUUUGGUAUCAUCAGGAUUUCACCUGUACUUCAAAAACACUGUGUUUCUCAUGCAUCAUUUUUAAAAUUUUGUUUCGAUGCCAUAAAAACCUA